AUGUUCUCCAAAAUCACCUUUAUUGCCCUGCUGGCUGUUGUGGCCACCGUUUGUGCUAAGCCUGGAGCCGUGUUGCCGGCCGCUCCGCUGGCUUACAGUGCCACACCCUUCGCUGCUCCAUUCCCAGCACCAUUGGCCGCUUACUCGGCACCGUUGGCCGUUGCUCCUGCUGCUCUUCCGGCCGUGGCUUAUACGGCCGGAUAUACCAACGUUGGAGACUCUGCCUUCGUCACUUCGCACAACUCGCAGGUCAUCAAUCCGGCGUACGCCGCGUACACUUCCGCUCCGGUCUUGUCCGCGUAUGCUGCCGCCCCGGCUGCGCUGGCCGCUUCACCCUUUGCCUUCACCGCACCCUUUGCCGCCAAAUACGUCCUGUAA